AUGGGAUCUCUACAGAUUUUCGUAUUGUGCGACCCAAUGUGGGUAUUUAUUAGCACCUGGGCCCAGACUCCAAUCUUCUGUAGUGGUGUUUUGGAUUCUCUCGUUAUUGAGUUGAAGGGAUCAAAGGACUUCUGUAAGUUGUACUCAGGCAUUGCAAUCCUUGGAUACAUUUCUUCAAUUUCAGAUCCUAUCAACAUCCAGGCCUUCUCUCAUCUUGUCACUUUUCUUGGCCAUCGAUACCCCAAGAUUCGGAAGGCUUCUGCAGAACAAGUCUACCUUGUACUCCUGGAAAAUGAACAUCUUGUGGCAGAGGAUAAAUUAGAGAAAGCACUUGAAAUUAUUUCUGAAACUUGCUGGGAAGGUGAUGUAGAAGAAGCGAAGCACCAUAGGUUACAAUUGUGCGAUCUAGCUGACCUAGAAACUAGGCAACCUCAAAAAACUAGCUAUGGAGUAUCAAACGAUAAUGGUGAACAGAGGCGCAAAACUACAGAUGAAAAUGCAUCAUAUGCUUCACUAGUAGGGUCAGCUGGGUUCUGA